AUGGCACCUAACAAUAAACCUCAACCUCAACAUCAAGUAGAUAUCAAAGAUGAUCAUUUACUCCAAGCAGUCUUACUAGCCGAUCCCUUUGGUGCUCAACAAUCUUGGGGUCCUUUAGUCAAUCAAGAUGAUGAUGAUGAUGAUCAAAACUCGACUAGAUUACCUUGGUGUCUAUUACCAGUUCUCGGAACUCCAAUUCUUCUUUGGACACUUGAUUCAAUCUCAUUAGGUGGUGUUCAACAAGUCUUUCUUUUCAUUAGGGAUGGAAUUGAUCAAGUUCGCGCUUUUCUUUCUACUACUUCUUAUCUUGAUUCGGAUUCCAAAAUGAGCGUGACGAUCAUUCCAACAACAGCCUAUACACCGGGUGAUGUACUUCGAGAAGUAGAUUCACGAGCCUUACUGAAGACAAAGACAGGUGAUGGAUCUGAUAUCGGUACCUUUGUUCUUGCACAAUGUGGUUAUAUUGGAAAUCUUGAUUUAAAUCUGGCAUCCGAUCGAUUUGCGAUUCGAAGAAAAUCAGAUGGAAACUUACCUUGUCUUUCGACUCUAGUCAAAUCAAUUCCCAUCACAUUAAAUUCAUUUCAAUCAAUCCAUUUACUUACUCCUACUUCUCGUUUACUUGAGUUUCAAAUGGAAAAAUUUAAAUUUCCUACUUCAAAACGAAUUAAUCUAUCGAUUGAAUUGUUUCAACAAGCUCAAGAUAUCCUUUUAAGAUCUGAUCUUCAAUCGAUUGGGAUUGAUAUCUGUAGUGUUGAAGUACCUCAAUUGUUUACUGAAAAUUUUGAUUAUCAACACAUCAGACCUGAUUUUAUUCAUGGGAUUCUGACUAGUGAUUUAUUAGGUAAAACGAUUCUAUGUGAUGUUGUAAAAGAAAGUCAAAAUCUUGGUUCAGGUACUCAAUGGGCUACACUGGUAGAUAGUGUCAAGAGCUAUGAUUCUGCCUCAAGGGACAUCUUGGCACGAGCAUCACAACCAUUAGUCCUUGAUUCGGCUCGGCCGGGUGGAUCUCCACUAACUCAAAGGAGAGGGAUGAUUUAUAUCGGUAAAGAUGUGGAUUUGGCACUUGACUCUAAGAUUGGUAAUUUGACUUGUAUCGAAUCCAAUUCAAUCAUCGGAUCUAAAGCACAAGUUGAACAUUCCUACGUGGGUAGAAAUGUUCAAGUAGGAGCUCGUACUCGGAUCAUUGAUUCAUAUAUACUGGAUGGUGUAUCUAUUGGAUCUGACACCUUGAUUGAAUCUUCUAUCAUUGGACCUGGAGUGAUCAUCAAAUCUAAUUGUUCGAUUGAGAAAGGAUGUUUGAUUGGUAGUGGAGUGGUGAUUGGUGAUUGUGAAUUUUUGAAAGCUGGGAAUGUGAGUUUAGAAAACCCAACCGGAUCUCAGAUAUUAAAAGGGGAAGGUUCAACUGGUUGGGUUCAACCAAGAGCGGAAGAUCGGAAUUCACACUCUGCUGAUACUGAUAAUGACAGGAGUGAUAGUGAAGAUGAAAAUGAACAAAUAGAUGUCAGGAAUUUCAAGUAUGCUAGACUUGGUGCUACCUAUCGAAACUGUGAUUUGAUUUCUCCAUCAGCAUCUACGGAAUCUUUUUCAUCGGUUUCUUCAAUGGCUUCAUCAUCAUCAUCAAAUGGAGUUGAGAAUAUUGAUUCGAUUGGAGAAGUAGGAUCUACGAAAGAUUUCUUAGUAGAAUGUCAUCAUUCAUUAGAACGAGCCUUUAGAGAAGGACACACAGUCGAGAAUGCAUCGAUCGAAUUGAAAACAUUAAGGAUGGCAUCUAACGUAUCACAAUCACAAGUUAGAUCAGUAGUGAUUUCAGAAUUAUGUGAAUUGGUGGAAAGAUCACCUCAUCAAUUAGAGAAAUGGUCAGAAUUAGUUAAACAUUUGUUGAGUGGAGAAGAAGAUUUGAUGGGAAUGGAAGAAGUGAUUUUCGAAUUACAAUCUUGGAUUUCAUCAUCUACAUCUACUUGUAAAUCAUCAAGUCAACCUAUCAAUCAAAUCAAAUUCUUUUCUAGAUUCUUACAACAGUUUUAUAAUGAUGAUGUGAUCAAUGAAGAAGGAUUGAUGAAAUGGUUUAAGAAUUCAAAGUCUAAAGAGAUUGGUGGGACCGAUGGAUUGAAGUUGAGAGAAGUGGGUGGGAAAUUGUUACAGAUGAUUAUGGAUUCAGAAGAAGAAGAAGAAGAAAGUGAUGAUUGA